AAUGUGAUUUUAGAGGUCAUGUUCAAACAUCAUUUUAAUUUACUGUGCGUCAAAUGGUGUAGUUUCACUGCUGAAGGUCCAAACACUGAAGAGCGAAUCCAUCGAUGUGCAGCUCCACAAGUGAGAAACCAUGCAAGGCAGUUGUGACAAGAUCGUUCACCCAAAAAAUGAAAAGGCCCUCACCAUUAACUCUUUUACACUUAAGGGGUUCUAAACGUUUAUGAAAUUCUUUCUUCUGUUGAACACGAAAUAAGAUAUUCUGAUUGUAGAAACACUAUAACUACCAUUGAAAUAAACGACCCCCCCCCCCUCAACAUUCUUCAAAAUAUCUUUUGUGUUCAGGAGAAACUCGAACAUGCUUGGAACAAUUAUUUAAAAUUUUGGGUGAACUUUCACGUUAAUAGACCUAAUCUAUUGCCAUUACAGUUUCUUGGCUGGUAUUUUUAUGCGUUUCUAUACUGUUGUUUUAAACUAUUCCGAUAAAUGUUUAGCAGAACAGUUUUCAACAUUAACAUUGUUCCAAAUAUUUGUAAUAAUAGUGAAUUUUAUGGAAGCUAAAUAUUUUGGUUAUUCGCCGAUAUCAGAGAUUUUCAAAAUACUCCUACAUUUGUUAAUUGUUUAUGCUAAUUUGUGAAACUGCUAGAUUUAAAUCAUGUUAAUGACCAAACUUAGAUCAUUUUAAAGACUAAUUAAAUAAUAUAUUGUAUUUAAAAUUGUUCAAAAAUGAGUAUCCAGUUUUUACAGAUCAAAAAUUAAAUCGACAUUCACCAUGACUUUGCUUACAUAGAAAUCAUAUUUACUGUGUUUCAAUUUCAAAUAACCUUUGUGAAAAUAUAACAAAACACUUAUUCUGAUCUUUACUUACUGAAAUAUAUAAAGCUAAAUGUUUUAAAUCUUGUGGUUUGAAGGACAUUGACAGAGUAUAAAGAUUUUCAAUAAAAAAUGAAUCAGCAUUUUAGGGCUACAUCGUUAAAUAGCAGGUUGUUAAUUUGCCAUCAGAUUAAAUUAUUAUCCAACAACAUUUUUCAUUUAUAAACUGUUUGACUCUGACUUAUAUUUUUGAAUGGGUUUCUUCUAUAAAUCAUGGAAUGAAAAAUCCAUGUUCUUCAUCAAGAAAUGAUAUUCAUCGUUAUUAAUUUAACAGGACAUUUUUAAUAUAUAGAAACUAUUUAAAAUAAUAUUUUCUGCAUAUAGAUAACAAAUGCAAUUAAAUAACCAAAAAAACAAGGUUAAAAAUGAGCAUCUUAAUCCCAGAAGACAUCUUGCAUCGAGAGUAAACCUUUCCCAAAUUAAUCUCCUCAUAAUCAGAUUACUGACCUGAUCACCAUGGCAACAAGAGCAUAAACUAGAUGAUUAAAAAUCUCUUAAAGAUCAGUGUUUAUUAUGACAACUUUGGUAUAGAAAAAAGAUCUUACUUUGAUGCAAAAACCUUUUGAAAAUAAUUUUUUUUUUUACCAACUUAAAACCUGAAAUAAUAUAAUGAAAAUCCCCCUUUGUGCAGUAAUUAGCAUUGUCCUGUCUGUGAGAUGACAUCUAGGAACCAGCAAAUUGCCUAAAACAAAACCCAUCCCCAGUGGCCGUGAGCCCAGCAGGGUGUUAAUUGAAAAACGCAAACAAAUAGAGAACCAUGGUGAUGAUGAGGGUUAAAAUAAAGAGCUUGAUUACUGCAAGCUCACUAAAAAGCAGAAGACCAAAGCAAACGGUGAACGUUAUUCAUGGGAAUUUAAAAAGAGAUGGAAUUAUUCGUUAUUUGACUGGAGAUGAGAAGCAAUUCCACUGCUUUUUGGGAACAAGUGAAGAACAACACAUGGCAAGAAACUGCACAAGCCGUGUUUGUAGCUGUCAAUUGUCUGGUUUUGCUGGUGGCUUUACAUGUAGGAAUUGUCGCAAACUUAUUUGUCGCUUGGGCCGUUUAUCGCCAAAAGUCGCUUCAGACGUCCAACAACGCUCUCCUGGUAAAUCUGGCUGUAAUUGACAUCUUUAGAUGCUCUAUUGACUGUCCAUUGCUGCUCAGUAUUAUUGUGAGCUCUAGUGAUGCGCACGAUCUCGGGUUGCUUUUUUGCAGUGUGCAAAUUGCGUCAUUUUCUCUUAUCUGUUGCGUUCAGUUGUUAACACUGGCAUGUAUUAGCGCCGAGCGAUUUCAAGCUAUUGCGAAUCCGUUUAAAAGUGCCGAACGCCGAAAACGGAUAAUGGUGUGGAUUCCCUUGACCUGGCUGGUGCCGAUCUCCAUAUCGGCUAUUUGCGUGAUUUUUGCGAAAGACUCGCCGGUUUAUGUACGAUGCAGAGGUUUGCAGAUGGAAACGUUGGAUUCGUAUGAUACGUUUGGAUUUUAUAUCUUAAUUCCAGUCUGGUUUGUUUGCUUGACGAUCAUCAUUGGAUUUUACGGGCGUAUUUUUCUUUUGGUAAAAGCACAUGAACGUAAAAUAUUCGACAAGGGUUCGUUGCCGCCCCCAGAUAAGAAGAAAGAGGAUAAAAAGCAGAAAAAGAAGGAAAUAAAUGCCAUUUUCAAAAGUGAUAACAAAAACCCUCAGAUGGAAGCCAAUGGAAAAGCGUCAUGUGGAGAUUUGAAGCCUGUAUCUGAGGAACUUCCCAAAACAACCGUGUCUGAUUCUUUAAAUUCAAACAUGGCUAAGAAACUCGAUAAAGACAAACUCAACAAUGAAGAACCACUGAUUUUUAAAGGUAUUAUGGAGCCAAGCGACCAUCAAAAUACUUCUACAGAAAGUUCUCCAACAUUUAAUGAAGACGUUAGCGUGGUUGAGAAAACCUCCUUUCAAAUUAGUAAUGAAGACAUUUCUGAAGAAUCUCUUGGUGAUGUGGAGCCAAACGACUAUCAGAAAGUUGCUCCAGAAAGUUUACAAUCAUCAGAAAAAUUAAAAAAUCAUCAAGAUACUACUUCUCCAUCGAAUUUUGAGUCAAAUGCUCCAGAAGAUCGUACUUCUUUCCCUAAUGUCAGAGAAGAUCCUGAAGAAAGUGCUGAAGAACAAUUAAAAAGCCACCAAAAUACUUCUCCAUCAACUAAUAAUGAAAAUGGUACUUUUGAGAGAAACAUUUUAACAUCAGAAACGUCUCCAAAAUUAAGAACGAUUAAAGAACGAUUAGAAAACCAUCAAGAUAUUACUGUUCCAUCAACAGAACAAAAAAAAAAAGAUGGUACUUUUGAGACAAACAAUCUGCAAGACAUUACUUCAGAAACAUCUCGAACUUCACACGAUGGAAGAGGUGAAGAACAUUCGAAAGCCCAGCAAGAUACAACCUCCGAAAUGUGUCUAAUGUCAGAAACUGGAGAAGAUGGUGCUAAAGCUCCUCCAGGAGCAUCAGAUCCACAGCAGAAGCAGGAAGAGGAGGAGAUGGCUGGAGCUGUCUGUAUGAUGCCUUCACUCGCUCAACGGGAACGAGGAAACGCCAAGAAGGAGAGCAAACUGGCUAAGCGCUCUGGAUACAUCAUCUUCACCUUCCUCGUCUUCUGGAUCCCACUGAUCACCACAGUGAUUCUGAAUCACUUCUAUUCUCGAAAUGGCCACCUAAUAAUGGAGGUUUUUCGAGAGCUGGAGUUUUUAACCGUAUCUUUGGUCUGCUUGACAUCCAUCACUAACCCCAUCAUCUACGCUGCGGUCAAUCCUCAGUUCCGCACAGAAUUUUACAAUCUGAAGACCAAAUGGAAAACGUUUUUCAUGCGUUCAUAGAGAUUAUGCACUGUUGACACACAAUGCUGGGAUCAAUAAAGUUUUUUUUAAUCCCUCAAUGCCAAACAGAAACUCUCUGAUUCGGAUUUCUUUCAAGUUAAUGUAUGGCAAAAUAUCCAUGAUUAAUGUGCAUAAAUCAAAUGUGAAAUGCAGCAUUCAGGAUAUUUAUAACGUGAAACAUUGAAACAUCUAAACACUUUGGAUUUAUUUUUUAAAAAGUUAUGUUUAUUGUAUUUUGAUUAUCCAAAAAAUGGAUAAAAAUUUUAGUCACACAUUAAAAAUUGUAGGAAAUACUUUAUAGACACGCAGUCAUGUUUUAAUAUGGAGUACUUACAAUAAAUUAGCGCAACAGAUCAAAAAUGUUUUGACCGUAAAUUGUUCAUUGUGCAAAAUAUUCAAAAUAAAUGCAUUUAUGCUAUGACCUAAUCUGUAUGAUGUCAAACACCAGAGAAUGAGAAACACAUCAACUAAAAAUGGAUCCCUUAUACAAAAUGGUUCAAGUGUUUCAUAAUAAAAUACCUGUACUAUUCCAAACAGUUUAACUACACCAAAAUAUAUUAUUUAUUGUGCAUUAUAUAUCAUUUUUAUCAUAAAAAAUGUAUUGUGUUUAUAGCCCAAUGUAUACUUGUUUUUUUACACAUACAGUACAUUAAGGUAAGAGUACAGUAAAUUUAGUCAAAGCAGUGAUCAUGUACUGUUCUUUGUGAAUAUGGAAGGCCAUUGAAGCCAAAAAUCUCAAAAUUCAUAAAUAAUGUUAUGUCAACAGUUUGACAAUGUUUAGGUGUGAAUUAUUAUUGUGUUAACAUAAAAUUCUGUUCAAAUAAAUUGUAUGAUUGUUAAAUUGUAUAAAAGGUUUGCACGUGUAUGCCAGUAAACCAUUACAACACAGGGGUCAAAGCCAGUUCCUGGAGGGCCGGAGCUCUGCACAGUUUGGUUCCAACCUUAAUUAAGCACACCUGAUCAAACUAAUUGAGUCCUUCAGGCUUGUUUGAAACCUACAGGUAAUUGUGUUGGAGCAGGGUUGGAACUAAACUGUAUAGGGCUGCGGCCCUCUAGGAACUGGCUUUGAAACCUUUGCAUUACAAUAUCCAUCAAUAAUAUACAUGACAUUUGUAAACAUACAGUAUAUACCAUCGUACCAUCAAAUAUUCUAUAAAUAAUGUCAUAUAUAAAAUAUUAGAAUAGAGUCUCAAAUACAACAAUUUCAUUGGCUUUUACGCUCGUUGACUUGUUGGCACAGUAUGGCUAUUUUUGGCCCAUAUGGCUUUCCAUACACAAAUGUACACACUGCUUACAUUAAUUGUUUUUUUUUUACUUUAAAUAAUUAUCCUCAAAGUGCCAAUGCUUACCCAGACUGAUGAUUUGCAUAAAUAAAUGAAAUAUAGGUGAACACUCUGCUAAUUGUUGCUCACAAUUUUUUUCCCCCAUCAGGAGAAAUUGGGUGGAAAUUGUUAAUGCUCAUAUGGUCUUGUACCGAUAAAGAUCCUGUAUGUGUAACAAACAUUUAUUAUUAAACGCUUUAGAGUGCUUCUGGUUAAAUUAAACAGCAAAGAAAUAUUAAAGAUGUACCAAAAAGUAAUUGGUAAUACUUUUUUUUUUUUUUUAUUUGAAGGGGCUGCUUAUAAGAUGG